AUGGUGCAAACUCGACAAUUACGAGCCAAUCAUCCGAAUUCUCACUAUGCGUCUGCAAUCUUUCAGUAUGAAAAAGAGUUUGCUAUUAAGUUUCGCAACAUUACAACACUUGUUUUUCUAGAUGAUAAGCACCGAUGUAAAAUCGGAGAACCUGGUCAUCCUAUAGCAGCAGUGGAAAGGGGGAAACGAGUAAUAGUAGGAAAAGAUACGACAUUCGCAGUAAGUGACCAUGAUUUUGCAAAGGCCGGAAUGGUGCCAAGCGUAACAAUGUUUUGUGAUAUCCCUGAAACAAUCGAUGGAGAUUUUUACAGAGGAAAAGUGUGCAUUGGUCUUAAAGACCCUAUUUUUCAGCCCUCCACUCCCUUACGCCAUAUGACUGAACUUUAUAACAUCUUUCUAACACAAAAAAUACCCAAUCCCAUCUUAUGCCUUUACACAGAUGGUGGUCCUGACCACUGGUGCACAUAUAUGCGGGUUCAGUUAUCUUACAUUUGUUUAUUCUUAGCAUUUGAUCUUGAUUAUCUCGUUGCAGCAAGAACACCACCCUCGCAUUUCUGGAAGAACCCUGUUGAACAUAUAAUGUCGACGCUCAAUCUAGGAUUACAAUGCAUCGGGUUGAUGCGUAGCAAAAUGGAUGAUAAAUACGAAAACCUUAUUAAUAAAGCAAACUCUAUGAAAGAUAUCCGGGAAAUUGCAGAAUCAAACCCUACCUUGAGAGAUGAACUAAUAAAAAGUAUCCAGAAGCCAAUUAGUUUUGUUCAUGAAAUAUUUGAACGACAAUCCUUAAAAGGCGUGCCCUUUAAAACGUUUAAUGCUGCAAUGAACGAAGACAUAGAACAGUUUUAG